AUGUGAAAUAAAAGGUGCUCCUUGCGCGUGUGUAUUUGUGCGUUAGUGGUGUGUGUGUGUGUGCGUGUUUGGGCGGAACAACAAAAAACCUGCCCGCUUCGGAAGCAGAACCCGCGGUCUCAUUUCGGGAAGUGACGUCGUGCGAAGUGCAUCGUGCACCGGACGGCUUCGAUCCGUUUGUUCGACACUGGUUCGAACUCCACCCUCUCUCCCUCUUUCCGGUGGUUUAGUGACACAUCCUUUAGACGCGUGUGAUAGCACAUCCUUCCCGCAGUGACCACGUUCGCUUAUCAGUGUUGAUUGAAUGUUUUCAAUUCCUUGGAAAUCACAUGACAAAAAGUGCAUAUGACAGGAUUGUUGAUUGACGGCAUCGACGAGACGAACCGUGUGAAACGAUAAGCAUCCCUUAAUGCUUGAACGACCGCACGUGCUAGUGUAAGCAUCUCUUGCUGUGUACGUCUGCUGUACCAUGCCAAAAAGCGUGCCAAAGACCGGUGACAGAUACACCGGCAGCAGCAGCACCUGUCAGCCGUCCGGUGGAAGAAAGCGAAAACACGAACCUGUUGCAUCCGGUCCGUACCAGCUAGCGGACCGGUCUAUCACUAACAGGAAGCCCGUUUCCACGGCAGCACGUUCAUCAGCGGCCAGUCAACAGUCGCCCACCGUUGCCAUGCCCUCCAGUGCGUCCGAUUCCCCUCCGACCGGACGUGGUGCGGCAGCAACGGACUUGAUGCUGCAAGCGCUCGGCCGCAUACGGGAGCUACAGGAUGAGCUGGAUUUUUUACAAAAUGACCCGUACGCAGAAGACACGGACGAUGAGGAGGAGGAGGGGGCCGGGGUCGAAGUGCAGCACGGCGCUGUGAGGCAGCCGCCGGUGCAGGUGAUCGGUGGUCGCCAAGCGGAAGCGAUCGGAUGGGCAGUCUGUGCCCGGGAAACGAUGCAUUUUCUCCAACGUGAAGGCAUCCCGCCGGACAGCCCGCUGAUGGUGAACCUGCGGCGACGGUUGGUCGGUCGGGCUCGGGAUGACCCAGACGAGGGAUGUGCGUUCUGCUAAAACCUCACCCACCCCCCCCCCCCCCCCCCCCCCCCCCACGGGCGCUCUUUGUUGUGCGUUCCCGGCAUUCUAGUCGCGCUUGGAAGACGGGCAGCUGUUCCGGCCAUCCGUUGCGCAUCCAUUCUUCAAAGAGGAAAUUCUAGUCAGCUGCACCAGCGUUAGCAGCGCUCGGAGUUUAGAUGUAGUUUUCAUUGUCCUACCAGCUCAAUGUACCAAUAAAGCUUCUACCAAACGAGGAAGGGCUGCAAAA